GUCACUGUUUUCGCGGUUCAAAUUCUCGGUUUUCUUUUCAUGUUUUGAUUUAAAAAGAGUUUUUUUUAAUCAUUUGUUGUCCACAAUUAACUAAAUUGUAUCAGUUUCUCAAUUAAAUCAGUUCUUUAUUCGAUUGUCAAUUUGAAGAUUAAACUAUGGAAUCUGCGGGUGGAGGUGUUAAACUUGGUGGUGACCAAAAGGUUAAUCCAUUGGGUAGGAAAAAGGAAUCAAUUGUUGACCUGACAAAAUACAUGGGAAAACCAGUGAGAGUUAAAUUCCAAGGAGGCCGAGAAGCAAUUGGUAUUUUAAAUGGAUUUGAUCCACUGUUAAACAUUGUUCUCGAUAAUACCAAAGAAUUUUUAAGAGAUCCAGAGGAUCCCCUGAAAUUAACGGAAAAUACUCGAGACCUUGGGCUUGUGGUGUGCAAAGGACCUUCGGUUGUUGUAAUUUGUCCCGUUGAUGGAAUGGAACAGAUUUCUAAUCCAUUCGGUGUUAACCCAUAAUUCUAACAGUUUAAACGUUUAACAAAAUUGAUUUUUAUUCAACCUGUUUACUUUGGAUUAAACAAAAAGUUCUCUUCUCCUUUUCCCUCUA